AUAUUCCAGCACCUGGCAAAGAAGAAGACAAAGUUCUUUGGUGGAGAUUCCGUCAACAUGACCGAUUACAUGAUAUGGCCAUGGUUUGAGAGGCUGGAGCCCCUCGAGUUGAAGGACUGCUUGGACGAUGCGCCUGAGUUGAGGAACUGGGUGAAGCUCAUGUACGAAGACCCCGUCGUCAAAGUUAGCGGGCACAGUGUGGACGUCUACAAGGCCUUCUACAAGACCUACCUGGAGGGCAAACCCAAUUUUGACUACGGCCUGUAGAGUUGAGACAACGCUGAACCGCGCCUUGAUCUGUCCUGUUUUUUUU